GUGUAGGACCUUGCACCCAGGAGGGGAGCAGUGGAGAACAAAGAGGGAACCCAAAAGGGAAAUAAAACAGUCCAACAACGGGGCUCAAGGUAGGAAAACACAUCCAGUCUCUUGACUCCCCUUUGGAGACCUUUGUCAUCUGUACAGACGGGGUGUGCAGAUAUCUCCGGACGCCACAAGAGAUACACACCGACAAAGGGGAGGAAAUGAGUGCUGCAAAAUUCCGAAGUGGAGGAAAAGACAAGUGCAGGCUGCACAUGGUGACCUGGAAUGUCGCCACGGCGGAGCCUCCUGAGGACGUCACCUCUUUACUGCAGCUUGAUGUCCAACCACCCACAGACCUCUAUGUGAUCGGUCUGCAGGAGGUGAAUGCGACUCCUGUGAGAUUCAUCUCAGACCUGAUAGUGGAGGACUCGUGGAGCCAUGUCUUCAUGGACACGUUGGCACCCAGAGGGUUUGUCAAGGUGACAUCUGUGAGGAUGCAAGGUUUACUGCUGCUUGUUUUCGCCAAACAAGUUCAUCUCCCUUACAUCAGGAACAUCCGGACCACCUACACUCGUACCGGCAUCUAUGGAUACUGGGGUAAUAAAGGAGGAGUGUCAGUUCGGUUUUCGUUCUACGGCCACCUGGUGUGUUUCCUGAACUGCCACCUUGCGGCUCACAUGAACUACGCUUUGCAGCGUGUUGAUGAGUUUGAGCACAUCCUGGAAACGCAAGACUUUGACAUCGAAGACGCCCCGCAGAUCAGGGACCACAAGGUGGUGUUCUGCUUUGGUGAUCUGAACUUCCGGAUUGCAGACCACGGCUUGCACUUUCUCCGCUCAUCCAUCAACAGCGGUCGCCUGAAUCUUCUGUGGGAUAAAGACCAGCUCAUCAUGAUGAGGAAGAAGGAGCCGUUCCUGCAGGAGUUUGAGGAAGGGCCUCUGAAUUUUAAGCCCACCUACAAAUUUGACCGGAACUCCGACACCUAUGACACCAGAGCUUCAAAGACUUGGUUGGGUUUUACUGGGAAGAAGAGGAAACCGGCCUGGACGGACCGGAUCCUCUGGCGGAUCAAACCAAAGAGCUUGCCAUCGGAGGGUGACGAUGAUGAGAAGGCAUCGACCUCCACGGACGACGGACAGGAUGAGUGCCCGAUCUUGGUGACCCAGGACAAAUACACCAGCGACAUGAGCUACGGAGUCAGCGACCACAAGCCCGUCAUCGCCACCUUCAGUGUGGAGCUGAAGAAAGGCUUUGACACGGCGCUGGUGCACGUGUCUCCUGUGGGUGUGUGGAGUGCAGACCAGGACGCGCUCCUGACCUACACCGUCCAGGAGGACUUCAUGUCUUCCACAUGGGACUGGAUUGGUUUGUACAAGGUGGGAUUCAAAAGUGCAACUGACUAUGAAACCUUUGUUUGGGUUCGGGAAGGUGAGCUGCCCGAGACAAAUGAAGUCAUACAGAUUUCUGUGGAUAAGGAUGAGAUCCCCCUGCUGGGGGGUCAGUAUGUUUUGGGUUAUUACAGCACAAACAUGCAAAGUAUCAUUGGCCUCAGCUCCAGCUUCCAGAUCCUGGAGUCAAAGCGUGCUGUCAUGGAAGGACUGGUUCCCGAGGAUGUCAACGGGCUGAACAAAUAGGAUCUGGUUCAUUGCCACGCCACAUCUUAUUCCUCUCGACUGCAGCGUCACACAGAUCUCAUUUUGUGGUUUUCUGAUAAUUCGUUUGAAAAAAACAAAAAUAGUGGUCCUGUGCCAAUGUGCCAAUGUGGAAUCUGCAAUGUGUUAUGGAUGUUUUGGCCUUUAGGAUGCACCCAAGAAUAGAUUCUCUGUAAAAGCUCAUCAUGACCUUUGAACCCACAGGCCUUUUUAGCCUGUUCGGUGAUCGACUGU